AUGAGCGGCAGGCUCACCUCCGCACGCCUUGCCCAUCUCGCGCGCCGAACACCAGCGAACACGCCACGCCUGCAUCGUCUAUUCUACACCACCACCAAGCUCCGUACCGGCGGGCUCCUCCGGAACGAUGCCGGCUCACGAAUUAUCCAGCGAAGGGCGUGGCCACUGGGAAGCUACGCACUGCACAACCUCCCUGCUACCCGGUCGAUAAGUUUUGCGAGGGCGAUCCCAAAGCUCGUUACCAAAUUCGCGACGGCCGGUGCUGCGGCGGGAGGCGCCGUCAUUGCAGGAGUGAGCUACAUACAGUACCAAGCAGGUCAGGCCGGAAGCUGGGCUGUCAAUGUCUUCAACAAAACUUACGAUGGCGCCUCUGAGAUUGCAGGUGAUGGGAUGGACACGGUUUCAGGCAUCUUCGGACAAAUCACUAAAGGUUGGGACAAGACCAAGGGAGACUUGGAAAAGGUGGAGAGGCCGGAGUGGCUGCAGCGGCUACUUGCAAAAGAUGAGUCUGGCGAGUCGGAAGGCGGACACGGUGGAGGACAGGGGCCUGAAGAGCCCAAGAAAUCGGGCGCUGGGGCGGCGGCAGCGGGUGUAGGCUCAGCAGCGGCUUUUGCGCACGCAGGCGAUGACGAGGACAAGGACAAGGGCGAAGAAGAGAAAAUUGCACGGGAUGAGCAGAUGAUGAUGUUGACUAGGAAAAUGAUCGAGAUCCGGGGGCUCCUGCAGACAGUUGGACAGUCCGAAUCACUCACACUGCCCUCGAUCGUUGUCAUUGGGUCACAAUCGUCUGGAAAAAGUUCGGUGCUAGAGGCCAUUGUUGGACACGAGUUCCUACCCAAGGGCCACAACAUGGUCACUCGUCGUCCGAUCGAACUCACCCUGGUACAUACCCCCGAUGCGAGCGCCGAAUAUGGAGAAUUCCCAGCUUUAGGUUUGAAUAAGGUCACAGACUUCGGCCAGAUCCAAAAGACCCUGACGGAUCUUAAUCUGGCUGUACCCGCUGAGGAUUGCGUCUCGGACGAUCCAAUCCAGCUGCGGAUACAUUCCCCCAAUGUUCCGGAUCUAUCAUUGAUUGACCUUCCGGGAUAUAUUCAGGUUGUUGGGAGAGAUCAGCCCCCGCAGCUCAAAGAAAAGAUUGCGGAACUGUGUGAAAAGUAUAUCAAGCCACCGAACGUCAUAUUGGCCAUCUCUGCAGCAGACGUGGAUUUGGCGAACAGCACCGCCUUGCGCGCUUCCCGAAAGGUGGAUCCCCGAGGCGAGAGGACGAUUGGCGUCAUUACCAAGAUGGACCUCGUUGAUGCCGAGCGAGGGGCAAGCUUGCUCAGUGACAGGAAGUACGCUCUGCGCCUAGGAUAUGUGGGUGUCGUCUGCCGCGUGCCAUCUAAUGCAUCUGGUUCAAAGCUAUUCAGUCGCGGCAACGGCAACAUCACAAAUGCUAUCGCGAAGAAUGAGAACGCUUAUUUCGGCUCGCAUCCGGAAUUUUCACCCGACUCACAGCUUGCCGUUGGCACCCCCAAUCUAAAGAAGAAACUCAUGUACGUUCUUGAGCAGACAAUGGCCGCCAGCUUGAAGACCACAAGCGAGGCUAUACAGCGCGAGCUUGCGGAGGCGACAUACGAAUACAAGGUCCAGUACAACGAGCGACCUCUCAGUGCCGAGUCAUACUUGGCAGAGUCUCUAGACGCUUUCAAGCACUCAUUUCGCGGCUUCUCCGAUACAUUCGGGCGCUCCGAAGUGCGCGAACUCCUCAAACACGAACUCGAUCAACAAGUCUUGAACCUCCUUGCCCAGCGUUACUGGAACAGGCCAUUCGAAGAUCUCAGCCCACCUCUACCUGAGACCGAUCCCCUCAGCAGUCUCGCGAAAGCUGACCCUGAAGGCGAAAACGAGAUUUGGCAGAUCAAGCUUGAUAGCUCUAGCGCAGCGCUGACGAAGCUUGGUGUUGGACGACUUGCGACGAGCGUAGUCGCCAAUGCGAUACAAGCCCAUAUUGACCGUCUUGUGGCGAAUUCGCGAUUCGCUGCUCAUCCAUUUGCCAGGCAAGCUAUCUCCGAAGCUUCGACCUCAAUCCUGAAAGAUCUUUCAUACGACAUUGCGGAUGAGCUGGAGAUUUGCAUCAAGCCCUACAAGUACCGCAUAGAACUCGAGGAUAACGAGUGGGCCCGAGGUCGCGAGAACGUCGCUGCUGUUCUCAAAGACGAGCUCAAAGUGUGCGAAGCCGCAGCGAAACGACUAGAAGACCAAGUCGGUGGGCGAAAGAAGGUUAGAGACGUAAUGGCCUUUAUAGACCGUGUGAGAAGCGGACAAGUUGUCCUUGAGGGCGACGGCGUGGGCGGUGCUGGAGGCUUCAGCUCUGCUCUCCUCGCUAAGGGCCGUGAAGCAGUCUUCCUCCGCGACCGCACUGACGUCCUUAAAAUGCGUCUUCUCGCCGUGAAGUCAAAGCAAUGUGCCAACAAGAAGAACAAAUAUCACUGCCCGGAGGUCUUCCUCGACGCCGUGGCAGACAAGCUGACCACCACCGCCGACCUCUUCCUCGACGCAGAGCUUCUCUCAAAAUUCUACUAUAAUUUUCCCCGCGAACUCGACGCUCGCCUGGGCCGCGGCCUCUCUCAAAACGAAAUCGAUCGCUUCGCACGCGAAGAUCCCAAGAUCCGGCGCCACCUGGACGUUGUGCGACGCAAGGACCUUUUGGAGACGGUGCUCAAGGAGAUGGAAUCUUUGCGGCAGCUUGAGGCAAGAGAGAAGCGGUCGAGUCGGAGAGAGCCGAAAGAGGAGCGGAGGAAGGGUGGAUGGAGUUUGUUCUAA